AUGCCGCCUGCCUCCAUAUGGAUUCAGUCCCGUGAGACUGCAAAAAGAACAUUUCGGGAAAAAGGCAUCCUGGCUGGAGAAAACAGAACUUUUAAGCCUCACCUCACCUUUAUGAAGCUGUCUAAAGCACCAAUGCUCUGGAAGAAGGGAGUGAGAAAGAUAGAGCGUGGAUUGUAUGAACAAUUUAUCGACUACAGAUUUGGAGAAGAAAUACUGUACCAGAUAGAUCUCUGCUCCAUGCUGAAGAAAAAACAGAGCACCGGUUAUUACCACUGCGAGUCUUCGAUCGUGAUCGGUGAGAAGGACCGAAGGGAGCCUGAGGAUGCUGAACUGGUCAGGCUCAGUAAGAGGCUGGUGGAGAACGCUGUGCUCAAGGCUGUCCAGCAGUACCUAGACGAGACGCAGAACAAAAAGCAGCCGGGGGAGGGGAACUCCACCAAAACUGAGGAGGGAGAUCGGAAUGGUGAUGCCAGUGAUAACAACCGGAAGUGAGAGCUGAAUCCGGUCUGCUGCCCCUCUAAGUCUCAGACUGACUGCAAUGUGCUAGCGGAGUGUCUUGUUCAAGCCCUGGAGAUCACCUAAUACUUUUAUGAUUGAUGUGUUCGGUGUUGCUGCGACACAACAGAAAAGAAUGGGGUGCUGGGACCUGCAGAAGAAAUUAAUUUACAGAAGAACAACACAAGUCCACGUGCCGUCAACCACGCACAAGGGAGAGUAGGCACUUCAGACUGCCUGCCCGACUCAAAAGGCGGAUGGAGAGGACUUGCCACCUACGGAAUGCUGCCGUUUACAUUGCUUCGAUCCUUUGACUACUUUAUCUGAGGCCAAAACUUGCACACAGCUAUCAAGUGCUAAGUUCAGUUUGUCACUGUUGAAAUGACCAUGAGUAUAGUGAGUCGACAAUGUUUGCUGUUUGUUCCCCAUGUGCUGUUUGUUACCACACAGUGAUCUUUAUUUACAGUAAAUUAAGUUUCAUGUAAAUUAUAUAUUUUUGGCAAAAUGCAAUCUUUUCUAUGAAAUGUGGGUAAUGUUUUAAAGGUUUUUAAGCCUUAUUUUGAUAAGUCAAUGUGCCAUACUUAAUAUACUUCAUUGAUAUUUGUACUUUAAAUGUAUUAUAUAAUUUUCUCCCUUAGGCAAGAAAUCAAUUGGAACCCAAGACUUAAUUAAUGAAGCUUUGUACCGAGAAAGGAUGGUGCUGAAGUCCAAAGUGAAACAGAUCAAAGAACUUUUGUUUAAGCCUGAGACUCAGGCCAAGAUUAGAAAGGAGCUUUCUGAAGGAAGAGUUUUUAAUAAUGGUAAUCCAACAAGCAAUGCUGAUGUCAACAUGAUCUUGCCAUAGCUUUCCACUACUGUUAUGCAUGGUAAAAUGUUUAUGAACUCUCUGCCCAUUAAGUAGCUCUUUGGUGAGUAACCAAAGCGUUCUUAUGGUUUCUACAAAGCCCACAAACCAAUAUUUGGUAAGGAAUUAACAACUUCUUGCCAAAGAAAGCAUAUUUUGCCUUAUCAUGGUCACCAUCACCAUCGUCACCAUUGUCACCAUCAGCAUCAUCAGUGUCAUCAGCGUCAUUACCAUAAAGUUGAGUUUUAGAAUGUUCAUUUUGGUAUUUUUGACUCAUUUUAUAGAAAUAACUUCUUAAUUAGCUGUUGUAAGAUAUUUCAUGGGCCCUUUCAGAUAUAUGUGUGCAUACACACACACACACACACACACACACACACACACAUAUAUAUGCACAUACACUAUGAAAAAUCCUUUAUAGACAAAAACAACAAAACAAAACCAACCACAGUAUUCUAAGGGUCACCUGCCUCCUGUUGAUGUGGCCCUUGUUACUUCAGAAGAAGCAUUGUCUGGGCUUAUCCAGUCUCAUGGUCCUUUUGCUGAGAGUUUGAAUGCUUAUUGCGUAUCAGUACUUGAACAAACAUUAGCAGGUGUAAUCACUGUAGUCAUGGGUUAAGAAUGUUUUAUAAUAUACAUAUUAUUAGUUUACACUGAUGAAAGUACAGUUUGGUUUGUUUUAGUUUCUUAGUGAACAAUGUUCAGGGUUCUUAUUCCCUACUCUCUGAAGAUGAGCCCAAGGCUGCGUUCUUCAAGAUUUGAGUAGUUUGCACUGGUUCAUUUGUAAACGAGCAUUCUUGCAGUGUUUCCCGCCAUGUUAUGUUUAUUUGUAACAGCUCUGGGUAGUCACUUUAAAAUUGCUGCUACUAAUAGAUGACGGGGAAGGAAGUGAUUAGAGAUUAAAUAUGUAGUCAUCUCACACACGGUCCAGUUUGCUUGUGGAUUUUUGGCUAUUUUUUCACUGGGUAAAUGAUAUUACAUCAUGAUGUAUUCCUUUAUAUGUUCCUACAUUUUCAUGCCCCGUAAUAAAAUACUCUUUCCCCUGUU